AACAACACACAUGCAAAGUUGUUUCGAUCACAUUGCCAGUCUGAGUCUCACAUCACACUAUCACACUAUUACUCAUCUCGAUCGACUCAACGCAUGAUGCCUCUCUAUCGUGUGUUCCCAGGAUUGGGUCUCGAUGACCUCCACCGCCGCGGCCUCGCCGAGCGCGCCAUGAUCAUCACGGUGCUGGUCUUCUUCCAGCACUUUUUCGAGAUCGUCACCGCCUUUUUUGGCACACUCUCUCUCUACACCAUUUGUGUCAGGAUUCCUCUCCGCGCCUGGCAAGUUUCUCAGCGUCAUCUCGGUUUUGUGGGUGGUGAUGAUGUCGAGCUCAAAGCCCACCGCUGGCGGAUUAGUCUUGCCCUGGCCAUCUUCCAUGGUAUCCUGCUCAUGAAUUGGUUUGGAGCUGUGAUGCGGUGUCGCUGGCUCGCCCACCGACGCCGGAAUCACGCUGGACAUUGGGAGACGCCACAAAACAAAAUUGUGGUCCAGGUGGACGACCCCGGGCGAGAUCUUGGUGUUUUCUGGCCAGCUAAUAUGCACACCGGUACGUUCAUCACUGACGUGCGACGACGGCUGCGGACAUGUGAGCAUUGUGGUACCCUAUCGGACAGAAUGUACCACUGUGAGCAGCUUGGAAAAUGCCUGCCGUUGUUCAACCACUUUUGUGGCGCUUUAAAUGUCCCUGUCUAUCUUGAGACACUGAAACCCUAUCUCUGUGGCCUGUUUCUCCUCUGUCUCGAUGGCCUUCUCGUCAUUGGUUCAUGCGUUUGGACGUGGUCCGACAAGCAGCUGAGACCUACUGCCGUCGAGGGCUCACUAUUACUCGUCACCAUCCUCAAUUUCACCUAUGCGGGCAUAAUGCUCAUCUCGAUCGGCAAACGGGUAGCUCUGCACAACAUGGUCACUUCUGAGCGUGGAGAAGAUAAACAAUUCCGCGGUACCUAUAUGGCAGCUCAGGAAGAAACCCCCGGCGGAGUAAUCGUCCGCGUGAGAUGGCUCGCCAAUAAUCCCUGGGACCUUGGAAGAUACAACAAUUUCUGCGCACUAAUGGGAAGACCUCUGUCGUGGCUGCUCUAGUGGCGCAUCCCGCUCCCGGUCCGACGUUAUGGCCGCAACAUUCUCUCCGACCUCCCUUUGACAGCGGAAGGACAGCUGUCUGACUUACGACAGCAGAACUGGAUGCCUCAGGUAGCCCCAGUCCACCCUCAGACUAUGUCCCAAGAAGCAAUUCCUUCGAAUGACCCGGACAGAUCGACUCGUACUGUCCCCGCGCAAGCGUCAGCCGCAAUGGCGACACCUUCUCCCCAUGUCGUCUCAGCUUCACGCAGCCGUGGACGCGUGGAUGCUACCAAGAGUGACUCGGCUUCUGGAGCCAAGGAAAGUGUCGGAGCUCCUCGAUCGCGACGCGUCUAUCGCACGGACUGAGGUCAAUCGGUUUGGGGGGGGGGGGGGUAUGAAGAUCGACACGAAUGGACAUCGUGAUCA